GUCUACACUAAUGUGAGCGGAAGUAAAAGCAGACCCUCUUUUCCGGCGGCCAUAGUGGAAUCAUCGGCAGGACAAAAUGAAGCUGAAUCCAUAUGUGACGUCUUCUCGUCGCAAGAACCGCAAAAGACACUUCAAUGCCCCGUCUCAUAUCCGUAGGAAGAUCAUGUCCUCUCCUCUGUCCAAGGAGCUGCGGCAGAAGUACAACGUGAGGUCCAUGCCUAUCCGUAAGGAUGACGAAGUCCAGGUUGUACGCGGUCACUACAAAGGCCAACAAAUCGGCAAGGUUGUCCAGGUGUACAGGAAGAAGUAUGUCAUCUACAUUGAACGCGUGCAGCGUGAGAAGGCCAACGGAACAACUGUUCAUGUUGGAAUCCAUCCAAGCAAAGUUGUGAUUACUCGGCUAAAGCUCGACAAGGAUCGCAAGAAGAUUCUGGAGCGCAAAGCCAAAUCACGACAGGAUGGCAAGGAGAAAGGCAAAUACAAGGAGGAGACCAUUGAGAAAAUGCAAGAGUAAAUAAGCAUCUUUUGCUAAUGACAAUAAAGCCAAAAAAUCCAAAA